AUGAAGAAUGAAGUUGAAGGGGAGGAGGUAGAUGUAGAUGAUGAUGAGCAUGUCAUCCUUGGUGCCACAGACACAGUGCCAUCCUUGGUGCCACAGUCACAGUGGCAUCCUUGGUGCCACAGUCACAGUGGCAUCCUUGGUGCCACAGACACAGUGGCAUCCUUGGUGCCACAGACACAGUGGCAUCCUUGGUGCCACAGACACAGUGUCAUCCUUGGUGCCACAGACAGUGUCAUCCUUGGUGCCACAGACACAGUGCCAUCCUUGGUGCCACAGUCACAGUGGCAUCCUUGGUGCCACAGUCACAGUGGCAUCCUUGGUGCCACAGUCACAGUGCCAUCCUUGGUGCCACAGUCACAGUGCCAUCCUUGGUGCCACAGUCACAGUGGCAUCCUUGGUGCCACAGACACAGUGCCAUCCUUGGUGCCACAGUCACAGUGCCAUCCUUGGUGCCACAGUCACAGUGGCAUCCUUGGUGCCACAGUCACAGUGGCAUCCUUGGUGCCACAGACACAGUGUCAUCCUUGGUGCCACAGACACAGUGGCAUCCUUGGUGCCACAGACACAGUGGCAUCCUUGGUGCCACAGACACAGUGCCAUCCUUGGUGCCACAGACACAGUGCCAUCCUUGGUGCCACAGACACAGUGCCAUCCUUGGUGCCACAGACACAGUGCCAUCCUUGGUGCCACACACAGUGCCAUCCUUGGUGUGCCACUGUGUCUGCGUCGUCUCUAGCCGAGGUUGUGGGAAGCUUUUCCAAGGGUACAAACCAAGGGUUCCAAGGGUUCCAAACUGAGUACAAACUCAUGCCAUCACCACCUGCCAUCGUGCCAUCACCACCUGCCAUAGUGCCAUCACCACCUGCCAUAGUGCCAUCACCACCUGCCAUCGUGCCAUCAUCACCUGCCAUCGUGCCAUCACCACCUGCCAUAGUGCCAUCACCACCUGCCAUAGUGCCAUCACCACCUGCCAUCGUGCCAUCACCACCUGCCAUCGUGCCAUCACCACCUGUCAUAGUGCCAUCACCACCUGCCAUAGUGCCAUCACCACCUGCCAUAGUGCCAUCACCACCUGCCAUAGUGCCAUCACCACCUGCCAUCGUGCCAUCAUCACCUGCCAUCGUGCCAUCAUCACCUGCCAUAGUGCCAUCACCACCUGCCAUAGUGCCAUCACCACCUGCCAUAGUGCCAUCACCUGCCGUUGUGCCAUCACCACGUGCCAUCGUGCCAUCACCACCUGCCAUCGUGCCAUCACCACCUGCCAUCGUGCCAUCAUCACCUGCCAUCGUGCCAUCACCACCUGCCAUCGUGCCAUCACCACCUGCCAUCGUGCCAUCACCACCUGCCAUCGUGCCAUCAUCACCUGCCAUCGUGCCAUCACCACCUGCCAUAGUGCCAUCACAACCUGCCAUAGUGCCAUCACCACCUGCCAUAGUGCCAUCACCACCUGCCAUAGUGCCAUCACCACCUGCCCUUGUGCCAUCACCACCUGCCAUAGUGCCAUCACCACCUGCCAUAGUGCCAUCACCUGCCCUUGUGCCAUCACCUGCCAUUGUGCCAUCACCACCUGCCAUAGUGCCAUCACCACCUGCCAUAGUGUCAUCACCACCUGCCAUAUUGUCAUCACCACCUGCCAUAGUGUCAUCACCACCUGCCAUAGUGCCAUCACCACCUGCCAUCGUGCCAUCACCACCUGCCAUCGUGCCAUCACCACCUGCCAUCGUGCCAUCACCACCUGCCGUCGUGCCAUCACCACCUGCCGUCGUGCCAUCACCACCUGCCAUCGUGCCAUCACCACCUGCCAUCGUGCCAUCACCACCUGCCAUCGUGCCAUCACCACCUGCCAUCGUGCCAUCACCACCUGCCAUUGUGCCAUCACCACCUGCCAUUGUGGUACCUUACCCGGGAUGGGGGAUUUUCCACUCCAUGGAGGCACUCUGGAGAUUGGGGGAUUUAGCAGUGUGCCCCAUCACCCACGCUCCCUCACUGGCUCUUGUAACAGUGCCACGCUCCUCCCUCACUGGCUCUUGUAACAGUGCCACGCUCCUCCACCACUGGCUCUUGUAA